AUGUCGGAAAAAAUCAACCACAUCACAAGCGUGACCAGUAUCACCAGUGGCACCGACAGGCACGACGUCAACACCUUCCAGGUCAACUUGGAGGAUGUCAGCUCCCACCAGUAUGGCGUGGCAGAGAUCCUGGAGGAGCUUAGCUUGGAGCAGAAGCUUUACAUUCUUAAGAGAAUGGAGCAGGACAACCUCGAGUCUUUUGAUGACUUGCCUCCUUCUGGUGCUUUCAUGAUUGAGAAGAUCCAGAGUUUGGACAUCCACGAAGCCGAGCAAAUCCUUAAGGAGUUCUUGCUGGAGCACGACGGAGACGUAAACAUCACCAUGGAGUACUACGAUUUUGUGGAGGCCUUAUCGAACUACAAAACGGGUGUGGAUUCGGAGUCUCUGAGCAAAGGCCUGGUCAAUGAGAAGAAGGAGAUGGCGGAGAAAAGGGAAGCUAUCGUCACAGAGCGUUCUGUCGAGUCUGAAGAAACCGGCAAAUGGAACGACAUUUUCGACUGGGAUUUGCAGGUCAGAACCGAGGCCGGCAUGAUUGCUUUCUGGUCUCCAUACCCAGAAGUCAGAGCUGUCACUGAUCCAUAUGAUGAUCCAGAAACACCUUGUGAAACGUUCAGAGUGUACGUGCUUGGCUUAAUUUGGGUUAUUCUCGGUACGUUUAUCGGCCAGUACUUCAGUGAAAGACAGCCCGGUAUCGGGUUGGGUACCUCUGUGGUUCAACUUUUCGUAUACCCAUGCGGCAUGUUCUUGUCCAAGGUGCUUCCAGAGAAAACCAUCAAAAUCUGGAGAUGGAAAUUUGCCCUCAAUCCUGGUCCCUGGAGUCACAAGGAGCAGAUGCUUGCAACCUUGUUCUACAGUGUCAGUGGAGGCAGUGUCUAUGCGGGCCAUUUUAUUGUGCUUCAGAAGUUGGAGAUGUUCUACAACAACCCCAAGUUCACUGUGGGCGGCCAGAUUCUUCUUGUUCUUUCUUCCAACUUUAUGGGUUUCGGAUUGGCAGGUAUUUUCCGCAAGUUUGUCGUCUACCCAGUCACUGCCGUCUGGCCUACGCUUCUUCCUACCCUUGCGGUGAACAAGGCCUUAACCAAACCAGAAAAGAAGGAGAACAUCAACGGCUGGAAGAUCUCCAGAUACUCCUUUUUCUUGAUUGUGUUCGCCUGCUCCUUUGUCUACUUCUGGGUCCCCGACUACUUGUUCACCGGUCUUUCCUACUUUAACUGGAUCUCCUGGGCUGCUCCAGACAACUUCAACGUUGCUGCCAUCACCGGCUCCUACACUGGUUUGGGGCUCAACCCAUGGACCAGUUUUGACUGGAACAUCAUCGGCACAGGCUGUUUUAUUACCCCAUUUUUUGCCCAUUUGAAUGCCUAUAUGGGCUCUGUUCUUGGUCUUUGCUUGAUCGCUGCUCUCUGGUGGAAGAACUACAAGUGGACCGGUUUCUUGCCCAUCAACUCCAACCGUAUCUUUACCAACAAGGGUAAGGUCUACCUGGUUACGGCUGUUUUGAACGAGAACAACAAGCUUGACCAGGAGAAGUACGAGAAGGUUGGACCUCCAUUCUACAGUGCAGCCAACUUGAUUGUGUACGGCACUUUCCUUGCAUUGUACCCCUUGAACUUUUUUUAUGUGUUGUUGACCAACUUCCAGCAGUUGAAGUUUGCCAUGGUCGGCUUGGUGAAGGCGUUCAACUUCAGGAAGAAGCGGUCCACCUACGAGGGCUUUACCGAUCCGUUCAGUGUUUCCAUGAAAAAGUACCCGGAGGUGCCUGAGUGGUGGUUUACUAUUAUUUUGCUCAUCUGUUUGGUAUUUGCCAUCAUCACCGUCGAAGUCUACGACUUGCAGACCCCAGUGUGGACCAUCUUCUUCGCGUUGGCCUUGAACUUUGUCUUCUUGAUGCCUUUCGUUGUGGUUUACGCUGCCACCGGUACCAGUAUGUCCAUCAACGUUCUUCUCGAGAUGAUCAUUGGCUACGCUCUUCCAGGUAACGGUACCGCCUUGAACUACGUCAAGACCUUGGGUACCAAUCUUGACUCCCAAGCUGAGAACUACAUCACGAACCAGAAACAGGCACACUACUGGAGAAUCGCUCCAAGAGCGCUUUUCAGAGUUCAGAUGAUUUCCGUCAUCGUCAACAGUUUUGUUGCCGUGGGGACACUCAACCUUGUGUUCAACUCUGUCGAAGACAUGUGUACUCCUCACCAGCCCCAGAGAUUCACCUGUCCUGGUUCCACCACAUACUACUCUGCUUCUGUUAUUUGGGGUGUAAUUGGACCCAAGAAGGUGUUUGGAGGUCUUUAUCCUAUUUUCCAGUGGUGCUUCUUGAUCGGCUUCCUUCUUGCCUUCCCUUGUUGGGCACUCAAGAGAUACUACGGAAGAACUGUGUUUGGUAAGUACUUCCACCCUAUUGUGUUCACCGUUGGCAUGAUGAUCUACGCUCCAUACAACUUGUCUUACCUGACGCCCGGAAUGAUUUUGGCUGUUGUGUUCAUGUACUAUCUCAGAAAGACAAAGACUGCCUGGUGGGAGAAGUACAACUAUCUUCUCGCUGGCGGAAUUGGCGGUGGGAUUGCCUUCAGCUCUAUUAUCAUCUUCUUUGCCGUCCAGUACCACUCUAAAGACAUCAGCUGGUGGGGUAACGAUGUCAAUUUGAGCACGCUUGACUACAACGGUGGAAGAAGACUCAAUGUCACCACCCAGGCUCCCGAUGGCUACUUUGGUCCUAGAAUCGGCCACUUUCCAUAG